UCCGCUCAAAGCUACUGCACGUGAAAACGGAAGUUGCAUGCCUUUUAUUAACAACCUGUUUCUGGAAAUCUGGAAACUUCCCCGUGUAUUUUAAUGCGACUAAUGUCUGUUAUUUGUCUAAAGCUCUGAUGAUUGAAGAAAAAUCAACAUUGAUUACAUUGUAACUUACUUAUCAGCAGGUUCGGGGUGUUUCUUAUGCAAAAAAAAAACGUAUAAAGUCUGGCUGUGAUGGAAGUGGUACUUUCUACCCCAGAGACUUUCUCCAGCAGUGUAAGGAAAAAAAACCUGCUUCCUCUGAGCCAACUGGUAGAGGACACCAGAAAAAGUGUCCCCCAUCACCUGCUUGAAACCAGGGAGUUCACAAAAUUGAAGAGUAACAGUGUAGUUCAAGCUGAACCAUCAGAACUGCAUUUCAGUGGUUUUGAAGUAGGAAAGGAUUAUAGGAAGAUCUUGAAACUUGUCAACAUCUCUUCUGAAGUUAUCAGUGUCCACAUUCUUCCACCUCUGACUAAGAAUUUUCAAAUAAAGUACAUAAAAAAGUGCCGACUGGUUCCGGGUCUGGCAUAUACUGUUACAGUAAGCUUCCAUCCAGACGAGUGGCAUUAUUUUUUUGACAACAUCAGAAUUCACUGCGAGGGAGAGGAGAACUUACUGGUUCCUGUUCACGCAUAUCCCGUUAUCAACGAUCUUCAUAUUCCAUCUCACAUUACUUUACCACCUGUGCCACUUGGACAGAGCAUCAGUCAUGUGAUUCCACUUAGUUGCAGUUGUCCGAUAGACUUUGAAUUUCAUGUGCAUUGCCUACGACCCCAUGAAGCCUUUACUGUGAGCCCUCUAUCAGGGAUCAUUCCAGCAAAUGGAAAGACGGAGAUAAAAGUGACUUUCACACCUGUGCUGUAUUGUACAGCUGACAUUACACUGCAGCUGGUUAUCUCUCAAUUCAACUGUAAACCUGUUGUUUGGACAGUUACAGGUUCCUCUUCUCCAUUUCUGCUGCUCAGUCAAAAAGAUGAAACUGUUGAGGAUGAUGUUUUGGUUGGAAAGCGAAAGAUCGUUGAUGGAAAACCUGUUGCAUCCCAUCAUAGACCUAAAAUGGCUCUUGCCUUGGCGAAGGGUGGUGAGAAGAGAAGAAAAGGUGAUUCACAGCUGAUGGUCUCCACCACCGAUAUCACUACUAAUGCGGACCAGACUAAAAAGAUGAAGGAAGCCGCAUUUUUAAAGAAGGCGAAACAAAAGCAGGAGAAAGCCAUUCUUGACCGCUGGCCGGUUGAUGUGGGUAAUGACAAACUUAAAAUGUUGAAGGUGCAAGACGAGGCAGUUGGUGCAUGUAAACAAAAAUAUAGUGGUAUGUCAUUGGCCAUAUCAAGAUCUUCACCGAAACGUUCUUCACAAGGAAUUUUGAGAAAUGCAGGACAGCUCCCAGGAUGCCCUGCCGUUUUCAGCAGCUAUGACACUGGCCAGCUCGAGGUCAAACCAAAAGCACUUAAACUCUUCCAGCAAGCUGUUCGUAAGGUUGUUCGUCAAUGUCGAAUAAACAAGAGGCGUCAGGCAGAUGAAAAAUCGGCUGAACAACUUUUGAAGCUGACACCAGAAAAGCUUCUGCCCUUCAGAUUUCCUACAUUUCUACCUGAAGAUCAACUUGACGAACUGGCUGUGAGUGCAUUGGGUCACGUUCCUGUGAGUCCGCCAAUACCGAAUAUGAAACCCAGCACCAUUCCAGCAACCUGCAGUCUAAAGGUUCCCCAGUAUAACAGACCAGUUGUAUAUCAGCCAGUAUCUGUGUUUGAUGCUGCAGCAACAUUAAUUCCAUCUAACCUGUUUACAACAUUACGCACUGGAGCAGAGGAUGAGCUUUUGCCAGUGCUGGCAUGUUCAUCUGCAGACCUCAGCGAUGAUGAGGAGGACAGGAACACAGAGGAACCUGAGGGAUCAAAUCAGGAUUUACAUCCCAGUCUUAGUUUCUGUGCUCCUGAAGCAUUACUCAAACCACCGAAUGCACAUCCUCUCCGGAUUUUUAAUCCUGCACCACAUGUUUACGCCUUUAAAUCAUCCCCGCUGUACCUGGAGUGUGAUCGAGACUUUCACCUCUGCCCACUGCAACGAUAUACUCCGAAGGGCAAUGUAGUGGGCAUGUACGCCCCUGCAAAGAAGCUUCUAGAUAGAAAGGAUAUAAUCAAAGGGAUUAUGACAUGGAAGAAGUUUCCUUCAGUGGCUUUGAGCACUAUAUCCAGUAUGUCAACAUUUACAGGAGAUCACGCCCCACGCAUGUCUGAUCCCUUCAGUAACAUAUUGCUUCCUGUGGAGGCACCACCUGCUCUUCAGAAUCUGCCUGACAGCAUCAUAGACGAGAUUCAAGCUGGAUUGUCAGACGUCUCAGAGCUCAGUCUCACUCCUGAGAUGGUGGAAGCAGAGUUUGGCCUGCCUGAGAGAUUUUCAACACCAUCUCCGAAAGAGAAUAAAGACGAUGGAAUUCGAAUGACAAAAUCGGCAGGAACAACCAGCAGGUUUAAGAUGUUAACGAGCGUAUCCACUGGACAUUGGUUAUUCUCAUCUUUGGUAGCUCCUGAAGGCUUCAUGUUUGAAAACAGCACCACCAGCGUAAAUGCAGCAUACAGAACCAAAAGCGAUCUACUAUGUUUAACAGGAAUGGAAAAUUCGUUGGACACGUGACAAACUAAGGAAAAGUUUAAAGUCGGAAAAGCUGGUGCGCCAACAAAGAGUUGUAGAUCAAAAGAUAAAUCAUUGUCACAUCAAACACGCUGACGUUCCUCGUGAUAGCUACCUUGGAUUACUCAGAAAAGCGCAGGAUACCAAACUGCAUCAAUGGAGGAACAAAUUACAAAAUACAAGUCCAGCCAUUACGGAGCAGCAAAAACAGUGUGCAUUGUUUCUUUUUCAUAUGUAAGAUAAAUGAAACAAAAUUUGUUUUGGUUUUUAAAUAUACUAUUACACGGCUUUCUGGAAUAUUUGUUUUUGAUUAGUCAAUCCUCCCAUUCAUAUUUGUUAGAAUGACUAUAAACUGCAUAACUGACUAUUCCCUAAGUUAACCUGAGUCAACAAAGUUUUGUUGAUUUAUCUGUUAAUUGGCUGUAAAACAUAUACAUAAAGGUGUUUUAAAGAACCUGUUUGUGAAACAUAAAAGUACUUCAGCUAUUAAAGGCUCUUUAUGGAACCA